AUGGGGCCGAAGAAGAAGAGCAAGAAGAAACUGGAGGAGGAGAGGCUGAGACUCGAAGAGGAGGCUCGUCUGGCCGAAGAAGAACGGCAGCGCCAAGAGGAGGAGGACAGGAAGCGGCGGGAGGAGGAGGAACGGGUCAGGGCUGAGCUCAGAGCCAAGCACUUGGCGGAGGAGGCUGAGAGGCUGGAAGCGGAGCGGCCGAAAAUCGAGCCGUUCCUUCAGGCCAUAGCGGCGGAACGGGCCUCGGCGGACGCCAGGUGGGAGGAGGAGAGCGAGUGGGAGCGGUACCUGCUGUGCACGGCGCGGCCCAACCCAAAGACGCCCAGCCUCGUGAACGACUACGUGAGCGCCGUGAAGCAGGAAGUGUUCUCCGAGCCCAAAGGAGCGCUGGCAGCGUGCGAUGAUGCUUGUGCUGUGGCCUGCGAGGCGGAAGAUCUCAGACAAGAUGCCUUGCAGGCAGGGCGGGCGGACGAGGCCCAGAGGCUCCUCGGCGACGUGGAGAGGCUGCGCGAUCUGGUGGACGGCGUCCUGCUCAGCCUGGCGGGCAACCUGCUGCGCAGCUGCGACGACGGCACCGGCGAGGCGCCCGACGUCCAGGCGUCGCAUCAGUCGGAAGCAUUCAAGUUCGGCAUGUGGUUCAACGUCAAUAAAAAUCCCAGGCUGAAGGUUGUGAAGUUCGGGUCGAUGCCCGUAUCCGUGGAGAUCCCCAAGCAGGUGGCCCUGGCGAGCGUGGCGCUGAUGGCGGUUGGCCGAGCGCAUGACGAGUACUUUCUGGCGUGCAAGAACGACAUGAUGGCGGUGGGGGGCGUGUGGCGGGCGCAGCUGUUCGCGCUCCCGCCCGCGCCCAAGGUCAUCAAAAACUGGACGAUUCAGGUGGUGGACCAGUCGGAGGAGGGGCCGCGCCAGCUUACGUACCCCCUGCUGCCGGCGGGCGCGGACGCCUCUUCCUACAGCAGCUCGGAGGAGGGGCCGCGCCAGCUUACGUACCCCCUGCUGCCGGCGGGCGCGGACGCCUCUUCCUACAGCAGCUCGGUUGAGAACGUGCCACACAUCGGCUUCAACCUCCCCGUGUGCUCCGAAUUCGAAUACGCGCCCCGAGGGGCCCAACCAGCCGUGGGCUGGUGGGAUGACGCCGAGCAGCAGUGGAGUACGGAGGGGGUGGAAAGAGUUGAGUACGACGAAGUCAGGAGGCGGGCGACCUUCGCUUGCAAAAGGCUGGCGCCCAUGGCGCUGAUACAGAGCCGCACGCGGCUGCUGCCGUACAGAGGCUGGAGCUUGAGGCCCGUUGACGGCCAGGGCGGCUGCAGGAACGUGCUGUCUGUGCAAACCGACGGAGACAUGACCGUGGAGUUCGAAAUAGGGGCGGGGUACGCCGCCCUGGCUUCGUGGGGGGGAGGGGAGGUUGGCGGAAUCCGCGAGUUGAUUGGGAAGCGGCUGCAGCCGGGGAGGCUGCUGUGGCGGCUUGUGCGGUUGGGAGUUUGUCUGAUGCCUUCGGACAGGGACGCGUCAUUCGUGCGCGACUCCAUGCUCAAGGAGCCUGGUGUUGAGCGGCGGGCAUGCGAGGAUGUGGGGCUCAUUGCGGGUGCUGCCCUGAUCAGCGGCAGCAGGUGGAACCGGCAUGUUGGAGGGGACGAGUGCCUGUUCAGGACGUCUGAGAUUACCGACUGGGAAGCCGGGGGCAGGACGGAGGCCAAGCACGUGGAGAGGAUUUUUUCCAAGGAGAAGGGGGAGGGGGCCAGGCGGGUGCAGGUGGUUGUGCGCCGUGGAGAGAAGGGCGUGGCGUUUUGCGAGGCGCUGGACCGAUGUGAGACCUAUCCGGAGCUGCCCGGGUACGACAGCCAGGAAUACGCGGAGCAUUUGUACGGGCGGGUGCAUUUGAACUCUGUGGCGCUGUUUGAGGAGCACGUGGGGGAGGGGGGCGGGGGCCCCUGCGUGAGGCCGGAGACGGCGGAGCAGUCCAGGGCCACCAAUCCCGUGCUGAGCCAGUCCGUCGCGCAGCUGCUGUUCGCCAUGAGGAUAUUUAGCUUCGG